UUUAGGUAAAGGCGAUAGGAUCACAACAAGACAGGCGUAUAUUGAAGAAGGAAUGUGGGGAUAGAAACGAGAAAGUGGAAGACUUGAUUGAGACAGAGGGACAGGCUGAAAGCAGUUUUUUCGGUGGAUGGAAGCAGGUGUUUAAGUGCCACAAAAAUCUAUAGGUUCUGGAUGGUGACUGGGACUCGGGGUACAUGAUUGUGUUGGAUUGUAACCCAGCUGGGAUCAUCUAAACCGGGGCUGACGGCACUGGAAGUGUUACACUCUCGGACAUUCCUGCUGUGCAUUUGAGGGGGUUUCGUUGGCGUUGGGGAGGCGUGCCGCACAGACGGGUGAACACACACUGGCGAUGUGUGUGUUUGUGGGUGUGUGUAUGUGUAUCUCCGAGUGACAUCCCCCUAUGUCCUUCUUUUUGUGGCUGUGUGUGAACCAGGGCCCAGUAUAUGGAUAGAAGCUCUCUGUUUCAGCUCAUACAUGAGCAGCUGGACCCAGAUCAGACUGGUUUCAUUACAGUGGAAAAUUUCACUAGUCUAGCUGAGCAUCAUGAGUUACAACUGGACCCCAGUAAGCUGGAGAUGCUGCUCGCGCUGGUACAGAGCAACGAGCACGGACACGUCUGCUACCAGGAACUCAUAGAACUGAUGAGCAGUAAACGUUCUAGUAGUUUUCGUCGAGCCAUUGCAAAUGGGCGUCGCACACUGCAGCGAGAGAUCCUAUUGGACGAGACGGGACUGGGCGUGUACAAGCGCUUUGUGCGCUAUGUGGCUUACGAGAUUCUGCCGUGUGAGACGGAUCGACGGUGGUACUUCCAUCAGAACCGGAUCUGCCCACCGCCUGUGUUUAUGGCCAUUAUAACUAUUGUACAGAUCAUUGUGUUUAUGUGUUAUGGAGUGAUGCUGAAUAAAUGGGUGUUGCAAACGUACCAACUGGAUUUCAUGAAGAGUCCGCUGGUGUAUCAUCCCGGGCACCGGGCACAAAUCUGGAGAUUCUUCAGCUACAUGUUCAUGCAUGUUGGAUUAGAGCAGUUGGGCUUCAAUGCUCUUCUCCAGCUGAUGAUUGGAGUUCCGUUAGAGAUGGUUCAUGGGAUCCUGAGAAUCAGUCUGCUGUACAUGGCAGGAGUCGUUGUUGGUUCAUUGACUGUGUCCAUCACGGAUAUGCGAGCUCCGGUGGUGGGCGGGUCCGGCGGGGUCUAUGCACUUUGCUCAGCACAUCUCGCUAACGUUGUCAUGAACUGGGCAGGCAUGAAGUGUCCAUACAAGUUGCUACGGAUGAUUCUUGCACUGGUUUGCAUGAGUUCUGAAGUGGGCCGGGCUGUAUGGUUACGCUUCUCUCCACCCCUUCCCUCAUCCGGGCCACAGCCCAGUUUCAUGGCACACCUGUCCGGCGCCGUGGUGGGCAUCAGCAUGGGUCUCCUCAUCCUACGCAGCUACGAGGAAUCCCUGCAUAAACAGUGCACCUGGUGGGUGCUCAUCUUCUCCUUCAUCACCUUCCUCCUCUUCGCCAUCUUUUGGAACAUUUUCGCUUACGAGCUGCUCGGGGUGCAAAUUCCGCCCCCUCCCUGAUGACACGCCCAACCCAGUGGCUUAGAAGCCGGGUCCGACCUCAAUAUACUCCACACGACCAGCGGUGGAGAAAUGGACGUGAAAACAAGAAGGAUUUGAAACGGCGAGAAAUGAGAAACACACGCUCACAUUCCAUACAGUUACAGUACAUAAACGGUGUGAUAUUUUUACAAACACUCCAAGGCAGCUCAAAGGUCCAAUGAGCUUAUUUGAACAGACUGUAAGUAUGUCGUAUGACAAAAACAUGCACACACACACAAACACACACACACACACACCAGAUUUGUUGUCUUCUCUCUGUUUGAAUUUCAGCCUAAGGCUCAUUCACGAUGCAUUUCUGUAUUGUUUUAAUUCGACAGCCUCAUCUAAGCCUGUUAUGCACUACAGAUACGAUCCGUAAUAGAUGAAACUGCUGCACUCGAUCCAGGAAUCUCUCUGACUUAAAACAAAGCCUUAUGUUUGACGAUACAGUCCUCACAGACAUAUGAGGGAUUGUUGAUAUCAUUUGAUAUAAUUACGGAUCGUAUAAGUAGCGUUCUUUCAAGGGAGAAAGUGUUUCAGAGUGUACAAAAUCAUGUUUGAAGACCUGAAGAUCUCUAAUGACUUUGUUUACGUUCUCGUUUGCGGUACGCAUACACACACAAACACACACAUGCAAACACCAGGGCAAAGAAACCUGAGCUCUGUUCCAAAACAUAGUGAGCUGCCUACAUAGGUGGUAUUUUAAGGUAUCACAGGCAGGCUUAUGAUGCAAUGUCUGUUUCAAAAGUUGUGCUGCCUUCUAAGAUACCUUUGCAUGUAUUCUUAGUAAAGAUAGCAAUCCCUGAAUGCAUUGUAAGUAAAAAACAUUCGUCCAAGAUGGUCGACAAGACGAGAGAAAUUCCACUUAUAGAGUUUGAACGGUAUUGGAUUUUGCCGAUACUGAUAAUUAAGCUUGUGGAAAAGGCAGAUAACUAAUUAACUCUACUAAAUAGUAUGCCAAAAACAGUUUGCCAAAGGAGUAGUAUGUCCGAAUCCACAGUAUUCACGAAGCAGUAAUUGAGAAAUACAUCCUUUUUCCGGCAAGAUUUUGAGGUGCGUAUCGACUGGACACUUAAAGAUCCCAUAAUCCCUCGGGAACUGAGGCAAUGUCACAUUCAAAACACUGAAUUUAAAGGACGCAAGUCGGACGCCUCUUCUCAACGCUAAGUGUUAAAUUGUGCUUAAAUGGUGCUAGUUUAACGAAACCAAAGCAAAUAGUUUUCACGGUUGUUAUUACGUCAUAUAUUUGGGUCACGAGGCGAUGCCAACAUUCUGAAGUGCGUCCUUCAUCAAAUACAGUACAUAAUGUGAGAUUAUGAUUAAUUGUGUUCGUUUUUUAACACGUUAUUUUAUUUAUAUAAUUAAUCGCGCAGAAUUAACGUGUUAAAUCGACAGCCGUAAUUAAAACAUUUUCUCAGUCGUUCCUUACUGUGACGGGCCCAAACAUAGAAGCAUCAAGAGACCAAAACGCAUAAAAUCCCAGAUGCAGUUUAUCGUGCAACCAAAAUCCCAAGAAUAAACCAUAAAAUUAAGAUUUAGUGCAUAACGUGAGACUUUUAAGCAUGAAAAAGCCAAAGUACACGGGGACUCUUAUUUUGAAAUGUCUCUGCUUGGGACAGACAUUUUCAAACAGUUUUGUAGUCAAGUACUCUUACCCACCAAAAAAAAAUUUUUUUUUAAAUUAAUCGAUUACUCGGAAAUUAUAAUAUAAGUUAAAAAUAACAAUUAUGACACGCAUGUAAUAUUUAUACAUUUUUGUAGUCAUAAAUGUUACCAAGAACAGUUUAAAAAGAAAAUAACUUCAACAAACUGUGAUUUUCUUUUUGAAAUAAUUUUUUUUUUUUAAUUAUUAUUAAAUAAAUAAAUAAAUAAUAGAUGGAAAGUACAGUACAAGUCAGCCUUGCUCCUGGCAGGCAAAUAUUCGAGUAGUGUUUUCAAUAGUCGACUAUCUUGUGCGGAACGAGUACAAGAUUAGUCGAUAACUCAUGCACAUCCCUAGUCUCUGCUUCCAGCUUACACAAACACAUAAGUGAAACAAAAGAUGCACUUACAGUCAUCUUCAAUGUAUUAUUACAAUGGAAACACUAUAAAGUAAACAUUGUCAUAUAGGCUAAUAAAUACAGUUGAAAAUGAGCAGUAAUUCAUUCAGCAACUAACAGCACUGAUAAAGCAGUAAAACUAAUAUAUCGGUUGAUGCUUACCGUAUAUAAAUAUAAUUCAUUCUACCCCAAAAAGUAUCAAUAAAAAUAGUUCAUUCUAAUUGAACGAAGUACUAUUUCCCCCAUAUUUGUGUGCUAUGUAUAGUUAGAUUAGCGUAUAGUGUCAUUAGCUUACUCCAUUGAAAUCAGUUGUCGGGUCUCCUAUUAUUAAUUCACUUCGACGCUGUCUACGCUAUGUAGAGCAUUUCAGAUCAGUCACAUAUCAUGGUUUAUUUCAGGUAGGAUGCUGGUAGACAGCUGCCUAUAUAGGCAGUAGACAGCAAGGAAGCUCACUAGAUUUUGGAACGGAUUACAUAUAUGGCCCUUCACAAAUAUUUCCAUUGAACAUAUAAACGCAAGCUAGAGAGUGAGGAGUUUACAAGGAAAAAGAGGCCGUGUUGCAGCCAAUUUGUCUGUCCCACACAGUCAUUAUUUAAAAUGUAGUUGUCACGGUGCAGGUAAAAGUUGUUAUUAUAACUGCAGUAUCAUGACAAAAGAUGCUUUUGACAUAGAAACAUCAAGUGGUCACAACCACCAACCCUAAAAUUCUUUGCCUGUCUGCCUAUAUUUUUAGCCAGUGAGGGUUGUCCUAGAUAAUAAUAAUAAUAAUAAUAAUAGUAAUAUUAAUAAAGAUUAUAACUGGAUUUUAUAUGAAUGUUUACUUUAAUCCUCGUGUUCAUUACCACACUGCAAAAGUAUACAAAAGUUACACUGGAGUAUUUUAUGACAGCAGUGCCCUUUUAACUCUUUGGCUAGAAACAUACUUUACAAAUGUAUGCUAACGCGGAUGCUAACGCUAAUGCAAGUGCACUGUUCUGUUGAACAAACUGAACGUAUGUUAUUGUGUUACUGUGGCAGUAAAAAAAACCUCAGGACUCAAGGGUGCGAGUGAGUCCUGAGGUUUAAUGUUUAUAGCUAGUUAUCUGUCAUUCAGGUAACUAGCUAUAAACAUUAACAGUUUAGCUAACUAACUUGCUCAGCGAGCCUCUUUAGUUUAAACCUUUCAAACUGACCAUAUGGGGACUGCUUAAAUUUCAAUAGCACCCCUUGUGGCAAUAGGGUGUAUGUGUACUUGCACUGCAUUAUGCAUUUAGCUCUGAUACAUUUUGGAAAGUAACGGCUUGUAAAAAACGAACUAUGUUAGCCAGAAGUGUUUGCGUUCACAUACUUGUGUAGAGUGUGUUUUGGGCCUUCGACAAAGCACAUAAGUAGCAAAUUCUGUAGUGCCAAGUUACCAUUCGCUAAGCUGCUAAAACAUAAUUAAAAGGAAUUAAUGAAAUUGCUAAAGGGAAAGUUUUAUAUAAAAGUGCUAUGUUUUGACCUGAUUUCUUUUCAUUUUGAAAAGCAUGACAGUGUGUUAAAGUCUGUAAUGUUGUGGAUUUGUACAGCAUAGGUUCAUAGUUAUAUUUAUUCAGAGCGACUAUCGUUGUUAGAUUGUGUCUUAAACCGAGGGGUGUGAUGAUGCAAGACUCCAAACUAAGUGUAUCUAACCCGAAUCACCCACGCAAACAGAAAGUGCUGGAAGAUGCGAAGCAAAAAAAACUAAUGAACAAUACAAAAUGCUUAAUUAUAAAUUCUCACCCGCUGUACUGUGCCCAAAGGUCAUGGUUAUGUAACAUAAGGCAUUAAUGCUUUAGAAGGAACAUGAGUUAUGUGAUUAUUUUAAAGUCAACAUAAAAUGAUGUUUUUGAACCAUGCUGUGCUUCUGUAAUUUGUCGUAUAGCAUAGUUAAACAGAAUAUUAAACAAGAAAAAUAAAUGUUGAACGGGACAUGGUUUUGUCAUUAAGUCCUAAUUAAAUUUGCACUAUGGAGAUUAUGAAGACAAGCAUUUUUUCUGUGGAAUUGAUUGAAAGUUUUACUCCCUACAAGCAUAGGUCUGCAUAGGGCACCAACUCCCAUCAUACCCUAGGAGGGCACCAGAAAGUCCACCGGCUGCCCUUACUCGCACGAUUUCACUCGUACUUUAUUCAAGGACCUGGAACCCCCCCCUCCUCCACCAGACAGACGAUUACUUAACCCCCCCAACCCCCACCCACCCCCCAAAACUCUCCGUAGGGCAUCAGUUUGGCCAGCGCCAGCCCUGGUUCUACUGUUCAAAUCAGUGUGUUGACCAAAAUUCGAAUCACUGUCCCCAGCGGCCGAAGCUGGAAGUGUUGUUGAUCGUAUGCGCACAUGUUUCCAGGUGAAAUGUCCACAGGGUGGCGCCAGAAGCAUGUCAUAUUUUUAGUUGUAUAUGAUGUAAUACAGUAAACACCAACGCAUAUGUUAUUAACUCUACUCCCUAGCCCUUACCCCAACCCUAAACCUAACUUUCACAAAACUGCAACCUCCUAAUUGCGCUCACCAUUGUUUAUGUAAACUCGAUUACUGCCUGGUUCCUACGGGAUGACUCGGAUCAGUAGCGAUAGAGGGGAAUGGGUUUACAGUUCAAUUAAUGCAAAAAUGCCUGAUGGGGAUGUCGCUUGUCACUAAUUUGGCAGAAUGGUGGUCGAUUUUAGGGUACAUGAACUUUCGAAAGCAACGUGUCGAUUUUCCAUGUGAUCAUGUUGCAUGAAUUAAGUCCACAUUAAGACCAGGAACGUGUUUUAAGAAAGUAAAUAUGGUCGAUUUUGAUUUCAUGUUGACUUUAAUAUGUUCUAAAUUAUUUAUACAUGCACAUAAAUGAAUGAAAACAAAUAAAUAGAUGUUAUAUAAAAAGUGAAAAGCCAUGUGAAUAUGUAAGAUAUAGCUGUGAGGGGAAAAAGAAUGGAAAACAGCUGAUAAAGUGUGUGUGUGUGUGAGUAUGUGUGUGUGUGACAUGCUUAAUGAGUUGUAUGACCAUUGUUGGUAUUCAGACUGUUACGGUGUGUCUGAAUGUGUUUGUAAUGGGAUACUCAUAUACUUGUUUCAGCAUACUCUGCAUUAUAUACUGUAUACUGCUUACUAUUUUUAAAAAUAGUAUGUGAAACAGUUUGCAAUGGAUAAAUGGUUUAGUUGUUUAAUUUAUCUCUCAAAUACAGAUAUUUUACAUCUUUUGUCAAUCCGAUCGAUGAAUGUUUGUAAACUGCACAUUUUGGCAAACUUGUGUACAAUAAGUAUGCAUACUAGAUCCAUCACAAAUAGUAGUAUGGUAGUAUUCCAUUUCAAACACAUUACAAAAAUAGUCCUUUUGAAACUGGAAAAAAAAAAUCUACUUACCAAGGACCUCCUCUUUUUACCCCGCCCACAUUAUGUCCAGUCAAACGCUGCUCUAGUAUCUCAUGCUUAACAGCAUUAGCUGACCAGCCGUCACAGAUCACGGUGUUGUGCGUUUAUUUUUCCAUGCUGUUGUUGGUGUAGAUUCGCAAGAGUGUUGCUUUGAGAUCAUCGCUGUUUUCAGUGAGAUUGUCUGUGUUGCCGCAGCAACUGUAGUCCUGAGAAUUGUAGUCCAUUUACAGAUUUCAAAAUGGUGCCAAAAUACGAGAUGACUCGUUGUGGUAAAAUAUGUUGUUUACAAUACAGAAAAUAUACUACAUGGCUAUUAGUUUUCUCUGGAUCAAAUGAAAAUAAAAAAGAGAUGUAAAUAUUGAUAGUUUCUAUCAAAUUCUUUAUCAUUUCAUGAUGUAUUGUACUUCUAAAAUAUUGGGACAAACUGAGGGAAAUUUGUUUUUGUAGUAUUUUUUUUGUAUGGUUUUGUGUUUGCUUUCAUUUUUUCA